AUGGCCAAAUUACCAGAAGCUCUCAAGGGCUCGCCCGAGGUGAACAAUAAGUACAUGGAUAAGUAUGAAAUUGUUUGCGACAUGGGAGAAGGUUUUGGAAAAUGGAAGAUGGGCCCCGAUGAGGAGCUCAUGCCACUGAUUGACGUGGCCAAUAUCGCGUGCGGGUUCCACGCAGGAGACUUCAAUAUCAUGGCCAAGAUGGUAAAGCUGGCCAAGAAAUACAACGUCAAGGUGGGCUCGCAUCCAGGUCUGCCUGACCUACUUGGCUUUGGAAGACGGAGAUUUGCCAUUCCACCAGAUGAGAUCUUUAACCUGGUCAUGUACCAGACAGGCGCUCUGAAAGCAUUUUUGGACGCCGAGGGCAUGCCACUGAACCACAUCAAGCCGCAUGGAGAACUCUACUUCUAUGUGGAGCGUGACGAGGAGGUGAUGAGAGCGGUUUUGCGGGCCGCACAGAUCUUCAAAGUUCCUGUUAUCGGAGCCAAGAACGCACAUUACGAGAAAGUGGCCAAGGAGAUGGGCGUCGAUCUCAUCCAGGAGCUGUAUCUGGACGUUGAUUGGUCUGCAGAUGGAAAGCUUGUUCCUCCCGCGCUUUCCAGACCCAAAAACCCAUCUAUCAUAUACAGCGACCUAGUCGAAGUGGCCGAGACGGAUGAACUGUCCUGUGUUUCUGGAGAGAAAAUCAAGUUCAAUUUUGGUGAAACCCCCUUCAUGCUGUGCUUGCACUCAGACAUGCCCACAGCUCUGGGGAACGUGACGGAGGCUAGAAAAGCUAUUGACGAAAUUAAUAAGAAAAAAGGAUUCCCUGUGAAGCAAGCUUACUAG